AUGUUGGUUUUGACAGGCUUCGGACUCGCUGCUCUCACAACCCCUUCAUUCUCAGGAGCCGAGCCCAACGCAGAUUUUGAAGAUGCUGUAGCAGUUAUCGGCGCCGGGGGAUACACUGGAGGCGAUACCGUGCGGAGUCUGAUAAAGAAAGGGCAGAAGGUCAUUGCUUGUACCAGGAGGCCACAGAAGAUUGUGUUGAAUGCAGAACGAGGGCCAGACACCAUCGUGCUGGAUGACGAGAGGGAGAGGAAUCUUGUGCGAUCUGCGAUCGUCGACGUCAACAAGGCCAGCAGCAUCCCCAGCGCUAUCCAAGGGGCCAAGGCCGUCAUCUUCACGGCUGCUUCAAGGCCCAAGACCUUCGCUGCAGCAAAAGUUGCACCUCCGAGUGAUCACGUGGAAGACAUCGGGCUCGAAAACGUAGCCAAGGCUUGCAUCGCCAACAAGAUACCACGGCUUGUGAUCGUCAGCUCUGUCUGUGCCAAGUGCCGGAAGAAGCAGGAGUACGACGUGCCAGAUCAGCUUGACAGGGGUGCGGCCUCGUGCGAUGCUUGCUACAAGAAACAGGCCGGCGAAGACGCUGUGCGAGAGCUGUAUGCAGCAGCCAAGGAUCCCUCGCUGUCGUACACCAUCGUGAGGCCCGGGAUGCUGACUCUCGGGGAGGCGAGAGGUGUGAAGGAGGUGGAGUUCAAUCAGGGAGUGACCAAGAGCGGGAUGAUCUCCCGGCUCGACCUUGCUGACAUCCUGACGGCUGCCGCCUUGUCCAAGGACGCGGACGGAAAAACCUUUGAAGUUUACUACAGGGACUCGGCGCAGCCUGUGGACAUGUACGCGAGUCUGCAGAGCUGCAAGGCGCUCGGGAAGUCAGUGAAGGAGUGCUUCUUCGGGGACGGUUACGACGAGAGCACGCCGGUGUCGCUCGAUGAGAUGCUGAAGAACCCAGUGAAGGGGACGCUGUUCGCGUCCGGGCGGGAAGUUCAUGGCAACUCCUAUUUCGCCAUGUUCAAAGACCUGUCGUCGGACAAGGACGAAGCCUUCGAUCUGGACAGCAUUGGAUACAAUUCCAUGUAG